AUGGGCACCAAAAAAGCCACUUUGGCUAGGGAAGUCAAGAAGGCUAGGAUGGUGUUUAGAGUGACGCCCAGAUACAUCUCCUCGGAGGAUUCUGAGUCUCUUUACCUACCGAUAAGACACAGCAUUCCGCCCAGCUGGGCCAGUAUUUCCGGUAACCAUCUUCUCAACUGGAUCGAAGAGAUUACCUUCGUCCCUGGCUCCUCCCCAUCACUGGUUCUCGUAUAG